AUGCCUCCUAAAAAAGGUGACCAGCCUAAAAAGGCUAAACCUACGGUGCAGGAUAAGACCUUUGGAAUGAAAAAUAAAAAAGGAUCGACUGCCCGUAAACAGAUAGCUCAGCUCGAAGCGCAGGCCGCCUCGAACAAGUCUGCGGAUGCCAAACGAAAAGCGAUGGAAAAGGAAAAACGUGAAAAAGAAAAGGCCGCUGCUGAGCAAGCUAAACGUGAAGUUGCGGAAUUGUUUAAACCUGUACAGGUCCAAAAAGUUCCUUUUGGCGUUGAUCCUAAGACUGUUCUGUGCGUUUUCUUUAAGAAAGGAAAUUGCGAGAAAGGUCGUAAAUGCAAAUUCAGCCAUGAUUUGGCGGUCGAGCGCAAAGCAGAGAAGAAAAAUAUAUAUCAAGACUCUCGAGACGAACAAGACUCGAAGCAAGCCGACACGAUGGAUAACUGGGACGAACAGAAACUGAGGGAUGUCGUGUUGAGUAAACACGGAAAUCCAAGGACGACCACGGAUAAAGUAUGCAAGUACUUUAUUGAGGCUGUUGAAAAUCAGAAGUACGGAUGGUUCUGGACUUGUCCGAACGGCGGAGACAAGUGUAUGUAUAAACACAGCCUACCACCAGGGUUCGUCUUAAAGACCAAAGAGCAAAGGGCGGCUGAAAAGGCUCUUUUGGAUAAAUCUCCACUGAAAACCCUCACUCUCGAGGACUUCCUUGAAACUGAAAGGCACAAACUUACCGGAAAACUGACACCCGUCACCGAGGAGUCGUUCGCAAAGUGGAAGAAAGAACGGUUGGAUAAGAAGGCUGCAGAAGAUGAAGCACGCAAAGCCAAGGAAGCUACUGGUCGUGCCAUGUUUGAGAGCGGAGAAUGGAGAAACCAGGAAAGCGAGGCAGAAUCAAGUGAUGAAGAUGAUGAUGAGGGAGAUGGUGACGCUUGGAAUUUGGAGAGCAUGAGAAAAGAGACAGAAGAGCUCAGAGACAAAUCUGAACAAGAGAGGGUUGCCAAACUACAAGGCUCUGGUGAUGUACCUGAAGAUACCGCAAUUUCAAGUACGGAACCAUCUGCCACUGUAGAGGGCGAGGGCUGA